AUGCCUAAAGUAGUUUUAAAUCAUACUUUUAAGCUUAAUUUUCCCAAGAUAAAUAGACUAGUGUCGCUUAAUGAUGAUAUAUAUGUUAUGUUCAACCGAAAUUCUAGAAGAUUUGUGUUUUUUACAAUAUCAGGUUCCAAAUUUGUCACUACAAAUGAUUUUAUAGAUGAAAGUGUAAAUUCCGGAUAUGCAAAUAUUUCAGAUAUAACAAACUAUAAGGAAGAUAUCUUACUUUCAGAUGACAAGUUUAAAAUAAGACGUCUUAGAAGGAAUGGACAAUUUGAAGAAUUGUCACCGUCAAUAACAGACGAUAAUCUCAGUUUUGAAGGUAUUCAUACAACUAAGAAAAAAGAAAUCAUUUUAGGUUUUACUAACAGGAGGGACUGUUCUGCUGGAUUCUUUGAACUAACUCAUAUGACAUUCGCGCCUCCCAAAAUGAUUUACACAUAUAACAAAAGUAUAAUGAGACGCGUUGAGGGCAAUAGUAAAGAAUUUAUUACUCUUCCGAAAAAAAUUACAACAAACAUCAAUGGAUAUGUUUGUGUUUUAGAUAAGCCCAGGUAUCCAAAAAAGCCAAGAGUUGUAGUUAUUGGGAAAUGGGGGCAGCCUAAGUGGAUAUAUAGUGGUCAUCCAGACAUAAAUUCAGAGAAUGACUUUUCUCCCAACGACAUUAUCACAACAUCUUUGGAUCUUGUUCUUGUGGCUGAGAAAAAAACAAAUGCAAUUCAUGUUCUUUCGAAGGAUGGGCAAUUUAUCUGUAAUUGUAUUGCAGACACUAACAUAACUGAGCCAGUUAGUAUAUGUUUGAAUAAAGAAGGACAGUUAGUGAUCGGUUGUACGGAUUCUGGAAAAACUGAGUUGCAUAUGACGAAUUUCAUUGAAUGA